AGAAUCCGAAUACUUUCAAAGUACAAACAUAACAAAAACAGAGGGCAUCGGCUUCCGAACUACAACCCAAUCUUCCAGAAAGUACAGCACAGUCGCGUUCAGUUCCAUCACUCUCUCUCCGUUUUCUCUAUUUCGAUUCGCCGGAGGGAGGAACGCUGCUUCAACUAUUGCCAUCUCUACCAAAUCUUCACAAGGGAUUUGGGAACUGAACCAAGUUGAAGUUGGGGAGUAGAGUAAACAUUGCUACUCGAAAUGUUAUUCAAUUACUAGACGAAUCAUGUACAAAAGCAAGCUUCAAGAGCUUUGUCAUCGGAAAUCAUGCAAGUUACCGGAGUAUUCCGUGUUUAAACAAGGUCAAGAUCAUGACCCGCGCUUUGAAGCCAUAGUCACUGUCAAUGACAAGGAAUUUCGCUCUCAGACUCCUUGUAAGUCUUCUAAGCAAGCUCAAAACGAGGCUGCUAAACUUGCUUUUGACUUCUUCUCUCUUCCUUCCUCACCCUCUUGUCCCCAACCACAACCACAACCACAACCGCAACUGCAACCGCAACCACCAUUGCAACCAAAGCAGCAUCGACCCCAACCACUUUUUCCGAUGUCAUCUCCUCCGCCAGAACAACUUCAUUGCAUUUCACAAUUUCCUCAGCCAUCUCUCAGUAUAUCUUCUUUUCCACAACCAUCCUUGCCUUCGCAUUUGGGCACUUUUGAUGCAAGAACUAAGCUGGACGACAAACUUUCUUCCCCAUGGAGACCAGAAGCUAAGCUUGAGGUGGCAAAUGAAACUUCUGAAAUUGAGGAAUCUACCAAAGAUUCUUCCGUCAUGAAUUAUAAUACGGAUAUCAAGUGUACUACUGAAGAGUCAGUCCAACCAAACGUACAAGAUACCAAUCAGUCUCCUGUGGAUGAUGACAUCGACAAAGGAUUCACUAAAUUGACUGGCAUGCAACAUUUGCACAAGAAUCAAUUGCAAAAUUUUGCUCAGAAGAGAAACCUCACGUUACCUAUAUACACAUGUGAACGUGAUGGCCCACCUCAUGCUAGUCGUUUCAGGUGCAAAGUGGAAAUUGGUGGAAGAACUUAUGAAAGUUCAGAACUUUUUGCUACAUUGAAAGAUGCUGAAAAUGCAGUUGCAAAAGUUGCUUUGCUGUCAUGUCAAGAUGGAGCGCAAGAGAAUCCUGGUCUUUACAAAAAUUUCUUGCAAGAAAUGGCCCAAAAAAGAGGUUUAGGAUUACCAGCGUAUAGUACAUUGCAAUCUGGUGAAGUUCAUGCACCGAUUUUUGUUUCAAUUGUAAAAGUAGGAGAAGAAACUUUUGAAGGGCAACAAUCGAGAACUAAGAAACAAGCUGAGAUGAGUGCAGCGAAAGUUGCUUAUAUUUCUCUAAAAGAGGGCAAGAAUCAUUUGAUUGCAUCUCCAGGAGGACAAGCUUCUCAGGUCGAAGUCGUCUCUUCUAGCUCGCAAUCCAACGUCAGCACGAAUAUGGAACUAGUGAGAUCCAGUCCUUCAAUUGAGAAACAACCUAAUGACGGAGGGCCUUGUAGCAUCUCAACAAGAAAGAGAGCUCCAUCUUGUGACCUUGGUUCUGAAGUUCAAAACGUUGCUCAACAUGAUGUUCCUUCUGAGAGCAACAACUAUGUUUUGAAUUUAAUCUCCAAGCUAGAAGCUGGGAAGAGUUCAUCUUCCAAAAGGAUUUUUGUAUGUCCCCGCGAACCGAAUAUGAAAUUUCCCCAGGACAGCACCAUAUUAUCAAUGAGUGAUGACAAAUGGGUUGCGUUCUCACUAUCGAAUGAAGCUAGUCAGUAGAAAUCGCUGUGAGUAACUUUUUGAAUUGUAGUGCAUUGACUCCUAACAUCAAGAUAGUUAUAUUUUGUGUGUAUAGUCCGACUCGGAUAGUUGAUGGUGCAUGCAAUGUUUCAAAGGAGGUUUGGUUCGUCUUGUUGUCAUUAGGUUCAAUCCAAGUGAUAAAAGAAUUGGGAUGAAGAGCUUGUACAAGUAGUUAGAUGUGUGCACCUUGAUCUUCAGUGUAGAAAAAUUCUGUUGUAUUGUAAUGAUCACUUAUUUUGCUUUUAAAUCUAAUGUGUGGGAGAUUGUUAUUUCA